GGCGGGGAACAAACAGAGUAAGUUCAGGAUGGCGCCGAUGGGAGGUAUAUAAGCUGGAAGGCAGCUUGGAACAACAAUUUGUGGAUUGUGAGCUUGGACAAUAAUAAUCUGCUGGGUUCAGUCUCUCGUUCAAUCAGGAAUCAAGGAGGAAGCUCUAUAACAUGGUCAAGCCCAGCGCAUUGUGUGCGCUGCUUGGCCUGGUUGGCGCGUCGUUUGCUGCAACGCGGUUAAAUGCUGCUGUUGAGCGCAGGGUACGGAGAACAACAUUCCCACGCCACGAGCUGCUUCGAAGAGACGACACAGAUCCCUCCCUCCUCUACCCCGCCUACAACCUCUCAGUGCCAAUUGACCACUUCUUCAACGAUUCCCUCUACGAGCCACACGUCCAUGGACGCUUCAAUCUCCGCUACUGGUUUGAUGCGCAAUUCUAUAAAGACGGUGGACCUGUCAUCGUGCUCCAAUCUGGAGAAACGUCCGGUGAAGAUCGUCUGGGGUUUCUGCAGAAGGGACUGCUGCACCAGCUGGCACAACAUACACAUGGCAUUGCCGUCGUGCUCGAGCAUAGAUACUAUGGAACUAGUUUCCCGGUCCCGGAUUUGACGACAGAGAAUAUGAGGUUCUUGACUACGGAUCAGGCGUUGGCUGAUGAGGUGUUCUUUGCGCAAAAUGUGAAGUUUCAUGGGCUAGAGCAUUUGGAUCUGACGGCGCCGAAUACGGCGUAUAUUGGGUAUGGGGGGAGUUAUGCUGGGGCUUUUAAUGCGUUUUUGAGGAAGUUGUAUCCUGACGUUUUCUGGGGAACCAUCUCAUCGAGUGGAGUCACGGAAGCUAUCUGGGACUACUGGGCAUACUUUGAGCCUAUUCGCUUCUAUGCUGACAAGACAUGCAUUGAAUAUACACAGAAGAUCACCCAUGUGGUUGACAACAUUUUGAUCAGCUUGAAGGAUCCAGCCACGACCGCAGAGCUGAAGCGUGCCUGGGGCCUCGUAAAUGUCACUCAUGACGCCGACUUUGCUCAGGUUCUUGCAAGCGGGCUCGACUCAUGGCAAGGAAAGAACUGGGACCCAGCACUCAAUGAUCCUACCUGGGACGACUGGUGCAAUACCAUCAAAAAUACCUCCGUCGUCUACUGCUACACAGAGGGCCUCAAACCCACCGUCGAAGACCUCCUCAAGAAAGGCGGCUACAGCAGCGAAGUCAGCUCCCUUACAACGCCCUUCCUAAACUGGAUCGGCUGGCUCUACGAAAACGUCGUCAGCAACUGCACAGACCCUGACCAGGACAACUGCUGGAACAGCUAUAAUCCCGAUAACUACGCUAGAGACGACAUCACUGCGACGUGGCGCUCCUGGCCGUACCAAUUCUGCACGCAAUGGGGCUACCUUCAAACCGGGUCCGGCGUCCCUGCGAACCAACUCCCACUAAUCUCUCGCACCAACGACCUCGCGUUCGAAUCUUUGAUCUGCAAAUACGCAUUCAACAUCACCACUCCUGCCAAUGUGGAUGCAAUCAACAAGUACGGCGGUUUCGGCAUCUCAUACCCGCGCUUAGCCAUUGUUGACGGAGAAUGGGAUCCCUGGCGCCCUGCCACGCCUCACGCAAGCCCGUUCAACAGCACGGCGAAGAACAGGACCAGUACGGUUGAAGAGCCGUUUCUUCUGAUUGAAGGCGCGGUGCAUCAUUGGGAUGAGAACGGACUGUUUCCGAAUGAGACGACGGCGAGUUUGCCCCCAAAGACGAUCACGGGUGUCCAGGGUCAGGAGAUUAAGUUUGUGGAGCACUGGAUGAGGGAGUGGAAGAGGGAGAAGGCGGUUAAGGAGAGGCAGGUGAAGCCUUUCGGUCCGCAUAGUAAGCAAAAGCCGCUGUGAGGGCGAUCUUUGAUCCUUUGGGGAAAGGUUAUAGGGCAUUAAUAAUUUGCUCAAGUGUUAGCUUUAAAUUCUAAUGCAGAUCCAAAAAUUUCAAGCGAGCCAAAUGGCAGAGACAAG